AUGAAGUUUUCCGCAGCAGCAGCUCUCUUUGUUGGUCUCGCCGCCGCCGGCCCUGUCGAGAUCGCUGAGCGUCAGAGCUGCCCCAAGGUCUACAUCUUCGGAGCUCGUGAGACUACCCAACCCCAAAGCAAUGGCUACGGUACCGCUGCCGGGCUUGUAAACUCGGUCAAGUCCGCCUACCCUGGUGCGGGCUCCGAAGCCAUCGUGUACCCAGCUUGCGGUGGAGGCUCGUCCUGCGGAGGUGUAUCCUAUGACAACUCCGCUUCUCAAGGAACCGCAGCGGUUGUCAAGGCCGUUACUGCCUACAACCAGAAGUGCCCUAGCACUCAGAUUGUCCUUAUCGGAUACUCUCAGGGAGGUCAAAUUAUGGACAACGCCAUCUGCGGCGGUGCUGGUUCCACUUUGACCGGCAACGCCCUCAAGGCCGUCAAGGCGGCGAUCUUCAUGGGUGACCCACACAACCGCAACGGUCUUCCCUACAACGUCGGUACCUGCAAGGCCCAAGGCUUCGCCGCCCGCCCUGCUGGAUUCACCUGCGCACCUGCCAGCAGCAGCAUCAUCCAGAGCUACUGCGACUCUCAGGACCCAUACUGCUGCAAUGGAAACGACGCCAACCACCACCAGCAGUACGUUAACAUCUACGGCAACCAGGCUCUCACCUUCAUCAAGAGCAAGGUCACUGCUUAA